ACUAUUAAGCAAUGAGCAUCGUUACCCUACCUGAACGCUUCCUGGUAUGUCAACCAUUCUAUCCCGCAGCAUGGAAUGCAGGGACGCCAUUCCACCAUACUAAUUUCACAUCUAGAGCUGUUCAAGGCAACCCGGGAGUACGUCCAAUAACACCGCCCUUGUCCUGAGUUGAACCACGUUCCGGAGUUGGAGCCCACGAUCCUGUACCGUCACAAGAGCAAUUUUGAAAGAAAAUGAGUAGAUCUCUUCAUCUCUCCGAAUCCUUCGUCAUCAGUUGUGGCACAAUUACCCUCGAUAUCGAUCAAUCUAAAGUCCUCGUCAUCUACUUGAGAAAAACAGGCGAAUAUUGCCUUCCAAAGGGGAGAAAAGAUGUUGGGGAACAGCUUGAAGCAACAGCCGUUCGCGAGACGUACGAAGAAACAGGAUACAUCGUUGAGCUACUACCCCUUCAGUUGACCACCCUUGCUACCCUCCACGGGAAUGACGAUGUCCGAUCUGCGAUACCUGGAGGGACAACAGAACCCGUCGCUGUGACGCAAAGGACGACUCAGGGUGUGCUGAAGAUCAUCUUUUGGUAUGCGGCACGAGGCGAUUCUUGCGCCAUACGCCAAAUGCAUACGACAGAACAAGACGACGAGGAUUUUGAUGCCGUCUGGUGUCCAAUGGAUGAAGUAGUUCGGUUGUUGACAUUCCACGAUGACAAAACGAUCGCUGCAAGGGUCAUUGAGGCAGCUCGUGGUGGGGGAAGUGAAUCUAAGCGCCAGGAGUGAGCAUGUGAAUGAUGCCCGCUGGAGGCAGUCGAGAGCAUCAAAGGUACCUAGUGGCACAGCCGGUCCAUUGACCGAUUUUCCAAACAACGCGUCAUCACUCCCUCUUCCCAGUAGCGGGCUUAACGCAGAGUACAUCAACCCGUAUAUAAGACAGACAGGACAAACAAACAAAUAUUCAAUGAUACCACCACAUUAGCAAACCAGAAAGCUCGCGGACAGUUGAAUGCCUGAACGAUGC